UCUAACCUACAGUACUGUAGCGAUUUCGAAAUCGCUAGUAUCUGAAUCAAGCAGAGCAAACUGGUCUUAUUCGAAGUGUUGGACUACGUUUUUGGCUUGUAACCUGUCGUAACGCGCGUUACCAAGUCCAUAUAAUUUCAGCGCACAUUUUACAGGAAAUAAACUGACGCUAAACAGAGGGAAUUGACGGUAUUUUUGUACCAGAGACUUAGCACAUGCGCACUGAGGAAACGUGGGCAUAAUGGAUAUCGCUCGUCUGUUCUCUUCGAUGAGUGAUGCGAAGGAAGACAACAAAGGCAUUACGAAAGAGGAUUGGAUGGAGGAACUACGAAAAGUACGUAUUCAGAGAAGUGAGAUGAACCGUAUUGUGUUGGACUACCUCGUGACGGAAGGAUUCAAAGAAGCAGCCGAGAAAUUUUCACAGGAAACUGGUCUGAAACCGGCAGUAGAUUUAGAUAUGCUUGAUGAUAGAAUACGGGUCAGAGAAGCUGUACAGAGAGGAGAUAUUGACGAGGCCAUUCAGCUAGUCAAUGAUUAUGAUCAAGAGAUAUUGGACACAAAUCCAAGGCUUUACUUUUUCUUGCAGCAGCAGAAGCUAAUCGAGUUGAUACGAGAAAGCAAAUUUGAAUCAGCUGUAGAGUUUGCACAGACAGAAUUAUCAGAUAUUGGAGAGAAAAACCCUGAAUUUCUCAAUGAGUUGGAACGAACAAUGGCUUUGAUGGCUUUUGAAAAGCCCGAAGAGUCACCAUUUGGAGAUCUCCUUCAUGUUUCUCAACGGCAAAAGGUAGCUGGUGAGUUAAAUAGUGCGAUGUUGGAGACUCAGGAUCAAAGGACGACAUCGAAGCUGUCGAAUGUGUUGAAGUUGUUACUGUGGUCGCAGAGUCAGCUAAAUGAAAGGAAUGUGAAAUAUCCUAUGAUGACAGACAUAGCUACAGCAACUUUAACAGAAACACAGAAGAAAUGAGCAUUAAUGUACAUGUUUGGUGUAUAUAAUUAUUUACAUGUAUUGCUUGAUCAGCUCUGAAGACUUUGCGUGUGUUACAUUUGUACUCUAGUAAAUAACGGUUUCUGGCAAGCUGGCAAAUAUAUCAGAUCCUGUCAGACACAGAUCAGAAUCUGUGUUUAAAUUCUUAGUUAAUAUAGCUAAGUGAACGUUUGGUGUAUUAGAUGAUUUUUGUUGACACAAAUCUGAAAUCGAAUAACCACCAUCA